AUGGCAAAUCUAAUCUCCAAACGAAAACUCGCGGACGCCCUGAGGUACAGGUCGAAUAUCAUUUCACUUUCAGAGGAGUCUGAGGACGAUGAGGUUCUUGCCAUAGAGCCACCUAAGAAGAGAACGAGGUCUACUUCACCAGUGCCUCGCACUGUCAGAAAUCCUUCCUCUGCGUCUGCGACGAAUAAUGGUUCUCGCCAUGGCGGUCCAAAUGGCACAUACAACAGCUACCGAUCCCCGCCCUCUCCACCCCGGCAUACUACACCCGUACAGCCAUCUGCAAAUCAGACGCAGAAAUUGUCUCCUUGGGGGAAGCGGUCUCCAUAUGCGCACCGUAUGAAAGAAUCUAAGCUGCCACAGAACUCGGCACCCGAAACCAUCCCACGCUCUUCGACUCAACGUUUGAUAUCCGUUGACAUUCCUUCUAAGAAUGUCCCAUUCAGGCCCAGUCAAGGGCCAGCGAGCCCAACACAUACCACCCCAAAGCAGGUGACAAAUACCAAGCCUCGAAUAGAGGUCGUUGUAUCCCCAUCCCGACGGCUUUUGGAUUCAUUUCGCGGACAUAAGCCAGAGCCGAUUCAACGACGCAGGAAGAAUAUGCUGAAAGAGUUGAAGAAAGGGCCAAUUGCUGCGCUGAAGAAUCCACAAGAGGCUCGUGAGCUCUUUGGCUCGUGUUUUCAGGAUUUCAAUCGGCCCAAAUCAGAUGAUGUCCAUGAGCAGAGGAUGAAAGAGCUGGCCUCGAAAAAGGCACGAAAAGUGACCCGGACAAAGUUGCCAUCUGACCAAGGCCUAGACCUUUCAAUGAGAAAGCUGGGUCUGGGAGGUGAACUGGUUCAUCCCGCGGAGGCCGCACAACAGAUCCUCACAAGUCGAUUCGAGGAAUAUAUGAACCCUCCACUAACGUUUGUCAACGACGUUAAUGAAAGACGACUGAACGGGAAAUUUCAAUUUGUCGAUCGCUAUGUGUUUAGUUGUCCAGGCAUCAAAACAGCUCCACCGUCCACAAACUACGGGUGCGACUGUCUCAGUUGUCAUUCUUCAGAAUGUCUAUGCUUUCGGAAGGAUUGGAAAGACGAGGCCACGGGCCAGAAGUACACGAAGCAAGUCCGCACUUACACCAGACGUUCUGAUGGCCUCGUCGUCCUUUCAGAAGAAUACAUCGACCGCGAGCUGGAUCCCUCGGCAAGGCACUUCGAGAUCACAGAGUGUAACGAACUUUGUAGAUGCGGUCCUGGUUGCUAUAACCGUGUGGUCGGCAACGGUCGAACACUUCCUCUAGAAAUCUUUGAGACUGCCAAUUGUGGCUUUGGAGUCCGCUCGACGAAGAAUAUUGCCAAAGGUCAGUUUAUAGAUCUUUAUCUUGGCGAAGUAAUUACGGAAGAAGAACUUCGCAACCGAGAGGACGCAGCGGCCGAAGACGAACCGAGCUACAUCUACACCAUGGACUGGUUUGGUGGAGAUUCCUACCACAUCGACGGCAAGAAUUUCGGGUCUGCUAUGCGAUUCGCCAACCACAGCUGUAAUCCCAAUACCCGCAGUUUUAUUGUCCAGAUCCACAAGGGAGAUAAACGAGUCUACUACCUUCCGUUCUUCGCAAUCAAAGACAUUGCCGCCGGUACUGAGAUCACCAUCGAUUAUAAGUCGAAAGACGAUGACGACCAUCUAAACGCCGAAGCCAUUGCCGGGGUUGAGAGUGGUGAUGCCGACUUGGCUGACGGCCUUAUUCGAUGCCACUGCGGCGAAAAGAAUUGCCGAAAGUUCUUGUGGAAGCCAGGUGUUAAAGCAAGGAGGAGAAAGAGAAAGCCGGAAUGA